GUUCUUAACGCAAUACAUUGUGGCAUGCAGGAUGCAGUGUAGGAUGAAGCCGCGUUUGUUACUCGUGCAUUUAGUUUCCGUGAUUUUAGUGACUUCCGCUAAGGACACGAUUGAUACCUUGCUGAAGGUUGAAGGUCAUGCACAGCGCUGUUCAUUUGAGUCCUGUCCUAAAGAGAAAAAUGGAGUCCUGAACAUUCACUUCAUUCCAUACUUUCAUGGGAAUGUCGCAUGGACGAAGACCUUCGACGCGAACAUCGAUGUGGCCAAUGAAAUCUUGGUGUCUGUGUCAGGAGAAAUACUAAAGCAGAAGCGACGCAUGUUCACCAUUCCUCAUGUUGCCCUUUUCAAGCGGUGGUAUGAAGACACCAAUGAGGUCUUUAGGAUCGUAGCCAAAAAAUUCGUUUAUGAAGGACGUUUGGAGUUCACGGGCGGUGGUUGGGUCGAACACGACGAAGCAACGACAGACUAUGCGUCUCUCAUUGACCAAAUGACACUCGGUCACAGAUGGGUCAACGAGACUUUCGGAGAGUGCAUGCUUCCUACUGCUGCCUGGCAACUAGACUCCUACGGCCACUCCAAGCAAACAGCUGCUCUCUUCGCCGAGAUGGGAUUCGAGGGCGUAUUUUUCGACCGAAUCGACAGACGUGAGCUGAAGUGGCGAAAGAAACACUCUCAGUUGCAGUUCAUCUGGCGAGGAGGCAGUCGGCUAGCACAGGGCAUCCGUACAACAGUCAUCCCUAAUCGCUAUGACACACUUGCAAUGUCAUCGUUCAAUGGCUCAACGAUAAACGAGAAGAAUGCCGAGGACUUAACGGGUGGUUUCCUGAAAGAAUUCUCUAGAUGUUGCGCGUCCGGGUUUGCAUCUAAUCACUUGGUGGCAGUAUUUGGAAUUGACAGCGGGAAUACAAACGCCACCACCUGGUACAGCCAAAUGGAUUUACUUAUGGAUACCAUAAACAGAAGACAUGGAAGAAAGUACCAGGCUUACUACUCCACACCGUCGUGCUACCUUCGCAGCCUAAGCAGGAUCAACGUCACCUGGAACACGUACAAUGGAGACUUUUUUCCAUACUUCGACGGGCAUGACUUCUACACCGGAUUCUACACCACGAGACCAGCGUUCAAGCUCUUCGCCAGAUACAGUAACAACUACCUGCAGGCUUGCAAGCAAGUCACAGUAUUGGCUAACAUAUCUGCGGAUAUCUAUAAAGAUCUUGCGCAGUCUGUUGCACUGGCCCAAGACCAUAAUGUUAUAACGGGAACAUCUGUACUCUCGGCAAUGACAAAUAUGACACACCUUUUGUCUAAAGGGAUAUCUCUAUGUGAGGAAAUCCUUACUCCGGGGUUGGAAGCGCUAGUGACAGUAGGGAAAAACCGAAACUUCUUCCCGAGGUUCUGCCACCUUCUGAAUCAGAGUGAGUGCCAGAUAAGCGAAGGAAAAGAAAAGUUCUUCGUGGUCGUGUACAACACGAACAGUAGUCCUUUACGCACGAUUGUUCGCUUUCCAGUUGGAAAUAGCGGGUACAAGGUGACCAGCACCAACGAUCGCAUCAUACCAUCUGAGGUCCUACCAAUCCAGCAUGCGAUACUUCAUGUGCCAGGAAGGCAGGGCUCUGCACUGCACGAACUGGUGUUCCUCGCUACCGCCCCUUCCCUUGGUAUCUCUACGUACAAGGUGGAACGCUUUCGCGGAUCAACAAUUGAGCGUGCUACCACUGGAACUGAUGCAACUGACCCAGAAGAGUACAUCCUCAGAAACAAGUGGUACGAAGUGACCGUGGACGCGAAGACGUGUCUUAUGAAAACUGUCCGUGUAUUGGAUGCCUACACUACAGUGGAUUUUCGCCAGUUUUUCGCUGCUUACCAGAGCAACCUCGGUCACUACAUAUUUCGGCCUACCUCAGCGACGGUCUUCAUCCGGAAUAUCACAUGCCGCUUUGUCAAGACCUCCAUCGUUGAAGAAAUCCACCAGUGGGUAAACCCAUGGAUGUCUCAAGUGAUACGUCUUUAUGCUAGUGAAGAUUUUAUUGAAUUCGACUGGAUCGUCGGGCCGAUUCCAACAGAGCACAAAGGAUCAGGCUUCGACGUGGUAACACGAUUCAAAUCGGAUCUGGAAAACGAAGGGAUUUUCUACACGGACUCCAACGCAGGACAAUCCGUGAAACGAAUCACGAACUCGUCCAAUGACUGGAGCUUGGACAGUAACCGGUAUAGGGUGGCUGCAAACUACUAUCCUGUUGUGUCCUGGAUUUACAUGAAAAGCAGCGAUCUACAAAUAACGGUCAUACCCGACAGACCACAGGGAGGAACAGUUUUCCACAGCGGGGAAAUAGAGCUCAUGGUACACAGGCGACACGGCCAGUGGGAUUCCGAUGAAAUAGGUGAACCCCUGAAUGACCAAGGGGUGGACAAGCGUGGACAGGUACUCCGAGGACGCCAUCUCUUGCACAUGGGAAAAGUCGACCACGCAGCAAGCCGACUACGGGACCUACUUUUCCUGGUGUUACGAAUGCCUGUGCUCGCUUUCGCCGAUGCUACAUCCCCUAAGGCUCGUGGUCUUGUGCUACGCAUGUUUACUGGACUCGGUGUCCUGCUGCCCAUGGGGGUGCGCAUAUUGUCCUUGGAAAGACUACCUGACGAAAAUAAAGUCAUGGUGCGCUUCGAAUAUCUGCGAUUAGAGGAAGAAUACAACCUGGACGGCAAACUAGAUGAAAUCAAAUACCGAAGUAAAGUCAAUGUGCCUCUAAAGGGACUACUCACAACGUAUAAUAUUACGAAACUGCGCGAAACGGGCUUGACAGCAUCGCGGUGGUUCCCUGGAAGUUCAAACUAUAGGCAGCACCACGGGAAUCUACCGCAAGGGAUGACCUCAAAAGCGCGUAGUGGAGACAUCUGGGAGAACAACACUUACGUUCAGAUUGAACUGCGUUAUGGAGAGAUCAGAACAUUUGUGGGAGAAAUGUGACAAUUGAGAUUGCACCUGAGCGCUACAUGGCAGAUUUCUUGAAGCCCGGUACAGAGUACCCGUGGGUGCAAAUAAAUGCAUGACUAGGGACAACUAGCUAACUUUUUAUAAUCCAGUGCUAUCCUAAGGGCUUCUUCUAGCGCGAAAUUGAUUCCUUCGGACUUGGAAUUUAGAACGCGAAUGACCUUCCUGCCGGGCACUGGCGCUACAAAUUUACUGUCGGUUACGUACUUGACUAGGCUUGUGCAUUCCACGAUCGUCAAAGCGCAGCAAAUAGUCUAGUUGUGUCAACGAUUAAGUAGAGUUUUUAAAGUGGAAAGUGAAUUUAUAAGAAAUACCCACUAAUAUUUGCACACAAUGGUGCUAAUGGACUCUGGUACGUUCUAGCUUUGAUUAUGCUUGCACCGUUUGGGCCCCCGGUUGUUAAACAAAAUAUUCAAAGUCUAGAGCACAUUCAAAAUAGGGCUCUCAGGUUUGCUUAUAACAGCUAUAGUUAUACUCAACCUGUUUCGUCACGGAGUGCCUCUUGAAAAGCACAUUACUCUCAACCGUUUGAAAUGCUUUUUUCAACUAAUGAACAACCCUGGAGCCUCACCCAAGAUAUUAUGCGGUCCUCCUCGGCUCCUCAACGAACAAAACAGACUAACGUAACGCUCAUCUAGUACAAAUCUUUUUAACUUUUCUUUUUUCCUAGAAGUAUUGUUGGUUGGAAUAGGCUUCCAGAACAUGUAAUCAAUUGUAGCUCUUUAGAAGGUUUUGUUAGGGCUCUAACAUCUGAUACAAUGAGUUUUACCCAGAAGGGCCACUGUUAUGUUUGUGGAUUUGUACUGAAGUAGUGACCUAUUUCGGUGUUUGUCGUUGUUUAUCAUUCGCUUCUUUAGUUGUAACCAGUUAAUUUUCACGGACAAAUUAGCGUUACUGCACUGUCACAGCGACCUGGGUUACUCUAGUGUGUCUUAGAUUAGCAUGUGAUUAGAUUGGUGUAUUAAACAGAGUUGAAGAAGUGAAGUUUUGGAUUUUGUUCUCUGUUCUUAUAACUGGUGCUGUUACUUUUUUUCGUACUAUCUUCUACCACCCUGCUGGGACCUGUCAAUAGCCGGCAGUAUUCUAUCAAUAAAAAUAAAUAAAAACAAUACGG